AGGCGGUGCGUUCAGGGACCCAACCUCCCCUUUGCUGUAUCGCAGGCCACGCUCGGUGCUGUCCCUCACGCCUGAGCGAACAUGGCCCGAACCAAUGCCAGUGGCAACAUUUAACCCCCAAACUAGCGCCCACUUCUCUCCCCGCUCGACACUCUCCCCCCCCCCAGGAUUGACCGCGACAGCUGGCAAUGUGUGGCCUGACCACUUGAAGUGCAAGCCGAAGGUAUGCCGCUGGCUCGCAGUCUGUCUGUCACCUCCCUGCCCGGCCUGGAGGAGUGGGAUGAGGACUUUGACUUGGAGGACGCCGUGCUCUUUGAAAUCGCCUGGGAGGUGGCCAACAAAGUUGGAGGCAUCUACACCGUCAUCCAGACCAAAGCCCGCCUGACCUCGGAGGAAUGGGGGGAGAACUACUUCCUGGUGGGCCCCUAUGUGGAGAGCAACGUGCGCACUCAGGUGGAACUCAUCGAGCCCACCAACCCUGUGCUGAGGAGGACCAUCGACAAGAUGAACGCCAGUGGCUGUAAGGUCUACUUUGGUCGCUGGCUCAUCGAGGGCAGCCCUUACGUGAUCCUGAUCGAUGUGGGCUUCACCGCCUGGUCCCUGGACACGUGGAAGAGCGAGCUGUGGGACCUCUGCGCCGUGGGCGUGCCGUGGUUCGACCGCGAGGCCAACGACGCCGUGUUGUUCGGCUUCCUGACGGCCUGGCUUUUGGGAGAGUACGCGGCCCAGAGCGAUGGGACGCCGCACGUCGUGGCCCACUUCCACGAGUGGUUGGCCGGCCUGGGCUUGGUCUUGUGCCGACAUAGACAGUUGCCCAUAGCAACCGUUUUCACCACGCACGCCACACUCCUGGGACGCUACCUGUGUGCUGGAAAUGUCGACUUCUACAACAAACUGGCCAAGUUCAACGUGGACAAGGAGGCGGGCGACCGUCAGAUCUACCACCGCUACUGUCUGGAGCGGGCGGCGGCGCAUUGCGCACACGUCUUCACCACCGUGUCCCAGAUCACAGCCAUCGAGGCGGAGCACCUGCUCAAGAGGAAGCCAGACAUUGUCACUCCCAACGGGCUGAACGUCAAGAAGUUCUCAGCCGUGCACGAGUUCCAGAACCUCCACGCCCAAAGCAAGAAUCGGAUUCAGGAGUUUGUCAGGGGACAUUUUUACGGGCACCUGGACUUCGACCUGGACAAGUGCUUGUUCCUCUUCAUCGCCGGGAGGUACGAGUUCAUCAACAAAGGAGCGGACAUCUUCCUGGAGGCUCUAGCGAGACUCAACUAUCUGCUGAGAGUGAAUCACAGCGACGUGACGGUCAUCACCUUCUUCAUCAUGCCAGCUCGCACCAACAACUUCAACGUGGAGACGCUGAAAGGCCAAGCAGUCAGGAAGCAACUUUGGGACACGGCUCAAACCGUGAAGGAACGCUUCGGGAAGAAACUUUAUGAGUCGCUGCUCGUGGGCCAGCUGCCAGACGUGUCCAAGAUGCUGGACAAGGAGGACUUCACCAUCAUGAAGAGAGCCAUCUUUGCCACACAGAGACAAUGUCAGCCUCCUGUCUGCACUCACAACAUGCUGGAGGAUACCACUGACCCCAUCCUCAGCUGCGUGCGCCGUAUCGGCCUCUUCAACAGCUCUGCUGACCGCGUCAAGAUUAUUUUCCAUCCUGAGUUCCUGUCCUCCACCUCGCCUCUCCUUCCCAUGGACUACGAGGAGUUUGUGCGAGGAUGUCACCUGGGCGUCUUCCCUUCCUACUACGAGCCUUGGGGCUACACGCCAGCGGAGUGCACGGUCAUGGGGAUUCCUUCCAUCUCCACCAACCUGUCGGGCUUCGGUUGCUUCAUGGAGGAACACAUCGCAGACCCCUCAGCCUACGGCAUCUACAUCCUGGACCGCCGGUAUCGCGGGGUGGACGAGUCGUGUAACCAGCUCACGUCCUUCCUGUUCCAGUUCUGCAAGCAGAGCCGGCGCCAGAGGAUCAUCCAGAGGAACCGCACCGAGCGCCUGAGUGACCUCCUGGACUGGAGAUACCUCGGCAGGUAUUACGUGUCUGCACGUCACAUGGCCCUGGCCAAGGCCUUCCCCGAGUCCUACAUGUACGAACCUCACGACCCCACCGCGACGUCCGGUUUCCGUUACCCCCGUCCGGCCUCCGUGCCGCCGUCCCCGGCCCUGUCUCGCCACUCGUCCCCGCACCACAGCGACGUGGAGGACAACGACGAAGACGAACGCUACGACGAGGAUCUGGAGGCGGAGAAGGACCGGAUGAACAUUCGCCAGCCCUACACGCUGCCGUUCAAAAACAAGGCGGCCGGCCUCUACAGGGCCAACGGCGAUGGCGACAGCGACGCCAAGGAGCAAAACUGACACGCCCACUCCACGCUAAGACUCGCUCGUACACUCGUAGUGCUUAGUCGUCGUUCAUUACGUCAAAUAAGGUGAAUGUUCCCAGCCAGUGUGUAGCUCAGUUUUAAAAUCCACUUUUGAUAUCCUGUAUCGUCACACCAGCAGUGCAAUACCUUUGUUUUCCAGUGCACCGAUCCAAUAUUGAUAUCGCAGAUCGUCGGAAAUCAGCAAAAAUGAUAUCGGCUUGCAUCUGAAAUAUGCGAUACAAGCAGUCAACAUCUAAAUGUCCUCCAAUAAACACACCAUUUCUUCUGUUCUACUAAAGUCAUUUACAAAAAGUAGGCAUGCUAGGCUACUUAGGAGCUAGCCGCUACACAGCAGCUAAGCACACCCGCUAGACAUAGGUAAUAAUCAUCGAACAAUAAAACACAUUUGUCACACAAUUAUAGUUGCAUAGGACUUUCACAUUCAAAGUCUUGGGACGGUAUAGCUCGUUUGGUAGAGCGGCCGUGCCAGCAACUUGAGGGUUGCAGGUUCGAUCCCCGCUUCCGCCAUCCUAGUCACUGCCGUUGUGUCCUUGGGCAAGACACUUUACCCACCUGCUCCCAGUGCCACCCACACUGGUUUAAAUGUAACUUAGAUAUUGGGUUUCACAAUGUAAAGCGCUUUGAGUCACUUGAGAAAAAGCGCUAUAUAAAUGUAAUUCACUUCACUUCACUUCACUUCUCCAGUAACAAACGUGUCUGCAUCAUUCAGCAUACCACCAAAGAACAAAAUACCACCGCACCUCAAAAGCAUGUUUUGUUCUUUUAAAUCAUUUCACUUGGUCGAGGCCAGGGAUUCCCAAAGCGGCGCCACGCGGGACAAAUUUGGCCCGCCAUGUCAUUUGGUUUGGCCCGCCAAGUGUAACACACUUUCAUACCGGCCUCUUUCAAGCCGCACAAUCCUUCACGGCAUGUCCGCGAGGCUGCGCUGUAAAAAAUAAAUCAAAAUACGGUAGAUUUUACAGUAAAAAAAACGGCUGCUCAGUCACCAGAAUUUUAAGCUACAAACAACAGAGGUACAGUUUUUUGUAUUUACAGUAAUUUGGUGUAAAAGCUACCGUAUUUUUUAUGGUAAACUUCUGGUGACUGAGCUGCCAGGUUUUUUUAUACCUAAAAUGUAUGGAAUUUUUUUUUUUACAUUUUUUUAAAACAGGAAUUUAAGGUACUCUGCUCUACGGUAAAGCUGUGACUUUUUGACGCUGUGUGGACAAGGAUCUUUUUGCCUUGCCCACGUCCUUUAAUUAAAGCCUAAACGCUUCAAAAUUUAGCAUCCUCCACACGCCUAAUGUGUAAAGUUUGUAAGCAAUCGGAUGAAACAUCUAGAACAAACUGGUGACAAAACACCUGGAAAGGGCGAAAACUUUGAAAGCGAUCGGAUAAAAUAUCUAGGACGAACUGGUGACAAAACACCUGGAACGGGCAAAAAUUGGAAAAUAUGUAGAACAAACUGGUAAAAAAAACCACCUGGAAAGGUCGAAAACUUUGAAAGUGAUUGGAUAAAAUAUCUAGAACAAACUGGUGACAAAACACCUGGAAAGGGCAAAAAUUUGAAAAUAUCUAGAACAAACUGGUAAAAAAAAACACCUGGAAAGGGCGAAAACUUUGAAAGUGAUUAGAUAAAAUAUCUACAACAAACUGGUGACAAAACACCUGGAAAGGGCGAACACUUUGAUAGCGAUUGGAUGAAAUAUGUAGGAUGAACUGGUGACAAAAUUUGGAAAGCAAUUGGAUAAAAUAUCUACAACAAACUGGUGACAAAACACCUGGAAAGGGCGAAAACUUUGAAAGCGAUCAGAUAAAAUAUCUACAACAAACUGGUGACAAAACACCUGGAAAGGGCAAAAAGUUUGAAAGCGAUCAGAUGAAAUAUGUAGGAUGAACUGGUGACAAAACACCUGGAAGGGGCGAAAAUUUUGAAAGCGAACGGAUAAAAUAUCUAUAACAAACUGGUGACAAAACACCUGGAAAGAGCAGAAACUUUGAAAGCGAUCGGAUAAAACAUCUUGAACAAACUGGUGACAAAACACCUGGAAAGAGCAGAAACUUUGAAAGCGAUCGGAUAAAACAUCUUGAACAAACUGGUGACAAAACACCUGGAAAGGGCGAACACUUUGAAAGCGAUCGGAUAAAAUAUGUAGAAUGAACUGGUGACAAAAUUUGGAAAGCGAUCGGAUAAAAUAUCUAGAACAAACUGGUGACAAAACACCUGGAAAGGGCGAAAACUUUGAAAGUGAUUGGAUAAAAUAUGUAGAACAAACUGGUGACAAAACACCUGGAAAGGGCAGAAAGUUUGAAAGCGAUCGGAUGAAAUAUGUAGGAUGAACUGGUGACAAAAUUUGGAAAGCAAUUGGAUAAAAUAUCUGCAACAAACUGGUGACAAAACACCUGGAAAGGGUGAAAACUUUGAAAGCGAUCAGAUAAAACAUCUAGAACAAACUGGUGACAAAACACCUGGAAAGGGCGUAAACUUUGAAAGCGACCGGCUAAAGUAUCUAGAACAAACUGGUGACAAAACACCUGGAAAGGGUGAACACUUUGAAAGCGAUCGGAUAAAAUAUGUAGGAUGAACUGGUGACAAAAUUUGGAAAGCGAUCGGAUAAAAUAUCUAGAACAAACUGGUGACAAAACACCUGGAAAGGGCGAAAAUCUGCAGAAAAUGAGCUUUUUGACUGUUUUGAAGUUAAAAAUGACCAUGAAAGACGCAGAGUUAUACGGAAUCUUAUUUUUAUAUAUGACACUAAACCCUCACUGGUGGUGCUGUUUGGCCCGCAGACCACCGGCACAGUUUUGGGGCUUCCUGGUUGUAGCCUUUUUCAAUUUUGCACGCCACAAAAGUAGGAAGUUUGACUGGUGCUGACACGGGAUUCAUAUCGGUAUAGGACAGCCAGGUCACAACACGGGAUUCAUAUCGGUAUAGGACAGCCAGGUCACAACACGGGAUGAGGGCGGUGUUGUUUUGCAUGGUUUCUACCGAGCGGGACGGACGCUCCUUUUGACCACCGCGUCCUGGUUCUACUGCGGAGACGCGGCAGCGGGUAAAAACACUCCUUUGACGUCGUGUCUUGCAAAGCCUUCUCUCCUUAUUUCAAACCCACAAUGGAAAGAAAAUGUGAAAACACGCAAAAAAGUUGCUCUUUUUGCGGGUUUCUCUUUUCUUCCCAAGCCUUAAACGUGCACUGACCUGGCAAGUGUGUGUGUGUGUGUGCGUGCGUGUGUGUGUGUGUGUGUGUGUGUGUGUAUUUAUUGCAGAGAGGAAGUGAUGCAACUUGCACGGAGGAGAGAAAUGUGCGCUGCUUUUCUCCCUGUGAGACUUUGAGCUCCUAACAAUGUUGAAGUAAUAAACAAGAUGG